CGCACGAGAGGGAAGCAAGGAACAUGGCAAUUGUAUUGAGAAAGAGGAUGAUGAUGAUGAUGAUUAAUCUGAGUGCAUAUAGUCCUCCGCGUAUACUACCACUUGCCCCACAGCUUCUCUUAACCCUGCCACCAUCCAUCACCUGUCACCCUAAAUUACAGAAAUACCCUCCAGCCCUAGGCCAUUUUCGUUUUCUUCUCUGCCUUUCAACUUUCAUGCUCCCUUGCCUCAUCUCUACCGCCUUCUGAAGCUUCUGCGCGAUACCCAGAAGCUUUAAAAGGGUUUUGGUAAACAUUUUCUGGCAGUAUGGAUAAUUUUGAAGUUGUCGCCGUGGACAGUGGUGACGGAAAACCUUGUAGAAGAAAGCGUAGUAAUCUAUAUCGGCGUCCUCAAAUUGACUCUCAUUCUCCUCCAGAUUACUGUGGUAGCUCUUCUAUGUCAUCAACGCUGCCAUCGGAUAGUCAGAGCAAAGCAUCAAGUGGUGAUAACUUUGAUCAUGGUGCUGUUUCGGGGGCAUCAUACUCUAACAUUAAUGAACCCGAAUAUUACCCAAAUACUGGUGUGAAGGAAACCCAUGAAUUUUCUGCCAAAAAUGAUAGUCAGGGCAUGCAUCCAACCAGAGUAAUUAAAGAUAACCAAGCAACACCUACGGUGAGCGGUGUUGAAACAGGUGGAAUGAUAACAAGUGAUUACCAUUCUGGACAAUUAGGAGUAGCGUCACAUGGAGUUGAAAGUAACAGUAAAGUUAAGAAAGUGAAACUUAAGGUUGGGGGUGUUGUUCGAACCAUACACACAAACACUGGUGCUGGGCCUUCGUUGACUAAGUCGUCUUCCUCUUCAAGUGUCCCCCAUCAACGGCAUAAGGAUAGUUCAGACAAGGGAAUUGGUUUGCAGGGUAUUCCAUGGAAGGACUUCUCAAAGAGUGGUUUUAGUUUUGGAAGAUCAAAUUCUUCAGGGGAUAUCCCUUUGAUGCAAUCUGCUAAAUACAAGCCAGCUCGUAAGGGCAAACAUGUCUCUAAAACAUCCCAAUUAGGUGAAUUAUACAAUACUGAAGAUGAUGAAGAUGACAACGAUGAUGAGAUUCGCUAUCUGGAAAAAUUAAGGACUUCCAAAUUUGCAGCUAGUUAUGGUGGAGAAAAUGAUGAAGACGAAGAAGGAAGUAAAAAGCUGCUGAGGAUUUCAAAAGUCUUGAAUCAGAGUGCCAAUGUUUAUGAUGUGAAACCAAGGGAUUACAACUCAAAAGCACGCAAAGAGAGAAAGAAUACGAAAUCAGUUAGAGCAUUUGAGGAUAAUGCUGAUUAUGUAGAAGAAGAGGAGUCAUUAUCUGAUGCUGAGUUAAGACCCAAGAAGAAACAUUGUAAGGAUUUAACUGAUAUCUUAGGAACUGCAAGGAAUGAAAUGGCUAUGACUACACGAAGGCGUGCUCUUCAAACUGGCAAGGAAGUAUCAUCGCUAUCGAGUAUGAGUGCAAUUGAAUUCCCUCAUGGACUACCCCCUCCACCUAAAAAGCAAAGGGAAAAACUCUCAGAAGUUGAACAACAGUUGAAGAAAGCGGAGGCUGCUCAAAGACGCAGGAUGCAAGCUGAAAAGGCUGCCCGGGAAUCCGAGGCCGAGGCAAUCAGGAAAAUCUUGGGUCAAGACUCUAGCAGGAAGAAGCGAGAAGAGAAACAGAAGAAGAGACAAGAGGAGUCAGCACAGGAGAGGAAUGCAAGAGCUGCAGCACAUCCAUCAAAUGCUAUCAGAUGGGUCUUGGGUCCCUCGGGAACAGUCGUGACUUUCCCUAACGAGAUAGGCCUCCCAAGUAUAUUUGAGCCCAAGUCUUGCAGUUAUCCUCCACCACGCGAAAAAUGUGCAGCUCCAUCUUGUACAAAUGCAUACAAGUAUCGCGAUUCCAAGUCAAAACUUCCACUUUGUAGCCUUCAGUGCUACAAGGCAAUACAUGAGAAGCUGGAACCAGUUGGUGCUUGUUGACACUUGAGUGUGCCAUUUACUAUGCAACAUUUAGUAGAUGAUUGAUGAAAAGAAUAUUUGUAGAUAAUGUAGAAUUAUCAUGUGCUACUAACAUUGCUUUUUGUUACCUAAAAUUGAAAAUGAUUCCACUCCACCCAGGGGAAAAACAAA